CUCAACCUGUUGUGGCCUCUCCUACUUUUUCGAUCAAACAACUGCAAAAUUUUCCCGCUCUGGGCGAACCAAGAAGAAAGCGAGAGAAAGUGCGAGAAAGUUGAGAGAAAAUUACUUCCAGAUACACAGAAGCACGAUGGCGACAGUUGCACUUCCUGGACCCACUGAGCCCCAGAAGAAGAACAGAAUUCAAGUUUCCAACACCAAGAAACCGCUCUUCUUCUAUGUCAAUCUCGCCAAGAGGUACAUACAGCAGCACAAUGAGGUUGAGCUUUCUGCUUUGGGAAUGGCAAUCACUACAGUUGUCACCAUUGCUGAAAUUUUGAAGAACAAUGGACUGGCUACUCAGAAGAAAGUUUUGACAUCGACAGUUGGCAUGAAAGAUGAGACCAAAGGUCGUCUGGUUCAAAAGGCCAAGAUUGAGAUUGUGCUGGGGAAGUCUGAGAAAUUUGACUCUCUGAUGAGUGCUGCUACCACCACAACUACUGCACCAGAGGCAGCAGCCGUUGAGGACAAAGAAUGACGACAUAGAGCGAUGUCAAUUUUUGUUUGUUGCACUUUUGUCGUUCCCUUUCCUUUCUGUACUGUCUGCCUGAGUAGAGAUAAUGGGAGAGUAGGUGGUGUUAGCAUGGAAUUGUUAGAGAGUUUAGAGGCAGCUACUUGGAUCAAGUUGAAUUGCAGUUGUAUGCUUCUGUUAGCUCUCAUUCUUGCUUAGAGAUCGAGUUGUACAAAUUCUCUCUGUCAACGUACUCUUUUUUCUUUCCAGAUUUGUAUUUUGCCAGCCCAGUACUGCACAUAAAUAAUGAUUUGAAUUGAUCAUU